AUGUUACAUUCUUCAUUGACGUUGCACCUGAUCAUAUUUAGUAAGUAACUUUUCAAUAUAUGAGAAAUAUUAGCUCAUUUCCUUGAAUUAGUCAGUUAUUAAAAUCCAAAAAGUUCAAUGCCAGUCAUCUUUUUCAAAAAAAGACCCAAUUUUUCAUGUAGAUUGCUCAUAACAUAUUAUACAUCUAUGGGAUUAUCCCAUCAUAAGGCGUUUUUUUUUUUCAUUUAAAAUAUAAUGUCUGCCGUUUUUUUCCCCGUCAAGGAAGCCCUCAAUUUUCUUUUGGUCAACAAGAAUUAUUGCGAAAAAAAGGGCGAAUCUAGUGUGCUUUUUGCGAUUUUUCAGGCUAUUUUCUCCACUUGAUUGAUAGAAAAAAACGUGUAUUUUCUAUAAGAAAAAAAUAAAGAAAUUUCAAAAAAAUUACGAGGACCCAAAAAAAGCGUAUCAUUUCCCCAAAAAACAGCGUCGUCUUCUUUCUCAUCAAAGCUCAAAACCAUGAAUAAUUCCGAAAAUUCGAAAUGGAACUUCCAUUUAUUUUUUCCCCUCUCAACUGAACAUCAAUAUUUAAGCAGCGUUAAUCGUCUUUAUUUUUGAAAAAAACUUGUUUUUCGAUCUAUGAUGGUUUCGAAUUGCCAUUGAAUCAUAAGGAUAUUAUUUUUCUUCAAUAAUAUAUCCGGGGUCUCAAAUGAAACAGUGAAUUUGAUAUACUCCCCUGCGCACAUCCUCAUCAUCUUAGCUUUCGAAAAUGGAUAGUUGAAGCUUCAAAUGUCCAGGAAUUCAUGAAAAAUGAGUAUUUCACGAGAAAAAAGACUGGAAGAAAAAUCAAAAAAUUAUAAUUUAUUUCCGCUUUAAUCAAGCCUAAUGGGUAUUAAUUAUUAGAGCGAACUUGGAAGUCCUAAAAAGGCGAGGAUUAAUAUUAAAUGAAGUCAAAAAAAGAUAUCCUGGUCGAAAAAGUUCAUUUUUUUAAAAAGGAACGGCAGCUCUUUCAUAUGAAAAAUCUUUUUUUCGGCAAAACUCUUAAGUGAUCCCUAGAAUUGCUCAGAAACGUCCAGAGCUCGUUACCGAGGUUCGAAAAAAAUGUAUUGUUUAUCCAUGGAGCGCAUGAGUUUUAAGCUCAUGCGGCUAUUUCCACCAAUAAUUUUUCCUUUUUUUCAACUCCGACGAAAGAAAAAAAUAUUUCGACGGCUCACAAGUAAAUUAAUGAGAUUGUAGCAAGAAUAGGCUCGAGAGAAAAUAAAAGAUUGUAGGUAGAAUUUAAUAUUCUGCCGUGAAGUUCAUGUGAAAGUUAAUUCCUUCUUUCUCAACUUUGAAACAAAAAAAAAUUGAAAUGUGCAUAACUGGAAUACUUAGCUAUAGAGCGCACAAGAUCUGCUUGAAAGCGGCUUUUUUGUCUCCACUCAACUUCUCGAGACAAGUUCAAAAUCCAACUAGAAAAAAAAGAAGGAUUUUGGCGGCUCAAGAACAUCGGAGGGGCAAGAUUUGACUUUUUGAGAGAAACAAUCGAGUUGCCGAGGCCCUCGUCACUUUUGCCUUUCCUCCUUUCUCGUUGUCGGCUUUUCAUUCAGCAACGAGUUGCCCCCAAUUGUCAUCGACUCUCGACAUGCAAUCUUGACGCGAGAUUUCCCCAAAAAAAGAAGGAAAAAAAAAAGAACCGCCGGCUUUUUUUUUCUCGUCAAAGCAAUUUUGAAACCGACUAAAUACCUCUUAGCCCUUGUUCCGUGUUCGUUCAACCUUUAGGGAGAAAAAAAAAUUAGCAUAAAAGUUUUAAUAAUUCUUGAAUAGAUUAUUAGAUAUGAGAAGAAAAAAUGCGUUUACUUCAAAGUGCUCUCUAAUGGAGAACGUUUUCUUUGAAAAAAAAAUUCGUCACUUUAUUUGUUAGAUUUUGAAACUUUUUAUGGGUUCUGACAAGCCAGCACGCUUUGAAAAAUAAUGAAAAAAAGUUAAGUUAAGUUCAAAAAUAUAAAAUAAAAAAACUCGAAAAAUUUCAAAAAAAUUAACUUUUUAUCAAGGGAGUAUGUGUCAGUGAAAACAGAUGUUCAAAAAAAGCAAUUUUUUUCAAAAAUUUCGACCAAUUUUAUCAAUAGAGCGUUGUUGAAUGGAAAAAAAUAGCCGUUUUUGAUUUUAACCUUCUUGAAUGAAAAUCAUGAGAAUCAUGGGCGUUUUUUAAUCGAUAGAAUAUGUUUCAGGGAAAAAAGUAGAGGUUGAAGUUUAUAGGAUUUAAAAAAAGCAAUUUUUUUCAAAAUUUCAAUGAACUUUAGCAAUAGAGCGUUUUCUAGUGGGAAAAAAAUAGCCUCUUCCAUUUCUUAAAUAAAAAAAUCAAGAAAAAUUUUUUUAAUUCGCUCACAGACACAUAUGUGGCGUGGAAGAAGAAAACUAAGAAAAUUAUGUUUUCCUACACUUCGAUAAAGUUCCACUUUAAUCUAAAAAUAUUUUGGUCGAAUCGAAGAGAACUAGAAAAAAAAAAUCAUUUCGUGAUAUUUGCAGCUUCCUUAGGAUUAGAGGCGUUCAAAAAAAUCAAGUUAAUAUUUUCAACAACGUUCCUUUCUGAACAAUUUUUACUAUACUCUAGUCAGGCUGGCGUACUCCUUCACAAACUACAGUAUCCAAUUUUAGUGCUAACAAUUGGGCAAAACAUGGCGGAAGUCAUUUCGCCGUUCCGUUUGCAGUUUUUUUUCUCUCCUCCUCUUUCAUGUUGUCAAAAGGUCGGAAAUUCCUUUUUUGGAGGUUGUAACCAGCGGCCGGAGCUGCUUAACCCAAUUGCAUGAAUGUUUUAUGUCAGCUGGAAUUGGAUCCCUUGAAAGCAAUACGAAUAUAAAUAUAUAGAUGCAACAUAUCGAGGAAACGAGCCUUUCCUUUUUUUCCAUCGUGGGGGUGGAGGAGAGAGAGAAAUUAUGAAUAAAUUCGCAUUAUCUUGUUUUGGUUCCCUUUUCCUUUUUAAUAGGGGCGGUUGAGAUUCCUCCGUUUUUUGAAGUUUAGGGAGAACAUACUCAAAAACUCCUGGGUGGUUCCUAUUGGAGGGUCCUCUCUAGUGACCAUUUUACCAACCCCUAUAGGGGUCAAUAAAGCUUGUAAAAGUGGCACCUAUGGGGUUUCUAGUUAGUGGUCACUACAGGGGUCAAUAAAGCUUGUAAAGGUGGUCCCUAUAGGGGUUUCAGUUAUUGGGCCCUAAAGAAGACAUGAUAGUCGAUAAUUUUGAUUUUUGAAUAAAAUUGGAAAAUUCAUUCAGGGUCCACUUCAGGGGCUAACGGGUCAGACCGUAAACCCCUAUAGAAACCACUUUUUUGACACCUGUCGAGGCUCUUUUCCCCUUAAACUCAAUAGGGAUCACUCUGAAAUUCCUAAGUCUUACGAUGAGAGCAAAAAAACAUUUUUAAGGACUUUUUAUAGUUAUUUUUAAGUCAGAAAUUUGCUGAACGUUUUUUAAAAUCCGAAAAAAGUCAUUUUUCUAAUGAAAAGGGAUAAUUAUUCAUUUAUUCUUUUCGAUUAAAAAUCAAAUAAACUUGUCCUAUUUUUCCCCCAGCUCUUGAGAAGGAAAAAAAUACAAAACUUUUUUUGAAGCUUCAAUUUUUUUCACAAACCUGUGUAAUUUUUGUCUCCUCGAAUAAAGAAAUUUAUUUAAAAUACAAGGAAGUACCUUGCAAAUUUUCUUUUUUUGCACCUGUCAAACUUAGUGAUCAAAAAUACAUAAAGUUCGUAGGAAGCCAGGUGAAAAUGGUGUUUGCUUGCAUUUUUAACACUGAUGGGAUAAUGGCAAAGUACUUUUUAGCGAAAAAGUAAUAUUUAGUUCAGGAACCAGAAUAGAUGUUUCCAAGAGAAGGAAGUAUUUUUGAACGUUUUUGAAUAGGGGCUAUUAUUUUUUUCUGUUCAGUACUUGAAAAAAAGAGUUUUUGAGGCGAGGAAAUAAAGAAUUUGUAAUAUUUUUUUAUGACUGUUUCUUUUUACUUUUUUUAAAAAAAUUAAAAGCAAGUAUAUUUCAAUAAAAAGAUUUAAAGGCCUUUUUGAGAGCCAAUUACAAUGGAAAAACGUUUUUUUAACUUUUAAAAAGUCUUCAAAAUGUAAGAAUUUGACUAUAAAUUACUAUUAAUCUCAUCAAGGAGUCUGAAAUUUGGACUUGAAAGCUCAGUUUUUUUAUUCCUUGAAGUUGCGAACUUCUGAGUUUUCAAGAAUUAUUGAAUUUUUCAAGUCUCAUCAUGAAAUUUUUAAAUUGAGACAGUUCCCAAAAGAAAAAAAAGGUUUGAAAUGAACUUAAAAACUAUGAAAAAUGAUCCAUUUUUCAGGCGCGGUCCCGGUCCUUUUCAAUUUGAUAUCGCUACCGUUGGUUUUGCGCAAAAGAGAAGCUGCUUCUUUACGGUAAAUAGUUGAUUUCGAUUAAUAUUCUCAAUUUUUCUGAAAAAAACUUUUUUUAUUCUUUCAAACCCGUUUUUCUCGCCACAGACAAAGUCCAAACGACCCCAAAAAGCCCUUAAAAAAAGAAGAGCCUAAAGCUUUUUUUAAGUAACUAAAAAAAGGUGUCAAAAAGUCACUCGGAAUCUCCUUUUUUUCCGCCUUUUUUAAAACCUUCUUAUAAGGUCCUUUCGAAAAAUCUAGAAAUAAAGGCGCCUUUGAGACCUUUUGGACUUUGCCCGUGUAAGAAAUUCCUCUUUAAGGAAGUUAAAAAGUGUCAAAAAAAAAUCAAAGAAAUUUUUGAAAAGGUGUGAAUUAAAAAUUUGAAACUCAAAGGAAACAAUCAAUUAUUCAUUCCCAGCUUUCUGAACAAAAAUCAAUUUUAUUUCGAUUUUUCAGUUCAAACCCGAGUAUACAACCGUUGCUAUGGCUCCUAGUCGUCGACAUUUUGUUAUCUUUGCUCUUUGUCGCCCCGAUUUACAAUUUCGUGACCGAGAAGUUGGUUUUUUUGUUGGGAUUUUGAACGGGUUUGAAAUAAAAACUAUGAAAAUGAGCUCAAAUCGAGAGAAAAACGGAAUUUUGAGAGUUUUUUGUUCGUUUUCUCCUUUUUUACGUCGAGAUAUACUCAGACUUUCAUAAAAGAAAACGGCGAUUCCAUCGUCCUGUGUUGAAUAAAUGGCCGGAAAAAAGGGGCCGUCAAUCAUUUUUGGGUCAGGCAAAUGCGCGCCGCGGAAACGUUUCAAUCACUUCUCUUGCGGGGUAAUCUCGGAGAUUAUGGGAGUCGGGUUACUUCAGAGAGAGGUUUCCAAGAACGUUUGUCAAAGGUCUUAGGCCUUUUAGGGCUUUUCCGGGAAAUCAAAAAUGGGUUUUGAAGGUUUGAAGGUCGGGAAAUGCGGUUUUAAAGGUUUUUUUUAGAGAUAACUUUUUUUGAAUCCACAUCUUUUUGAACUGUAAAAUAUGUUAAUUUUUAAAAAAGCUAUUCUCAAUAGACGUAUCACAACGGCGAAUUUCGCUGAAGAUGCCUUUUUGAGAAUAAAAAUAGGUUUGAAGAUCAAAAACUGUGCUUUCCUUGAUUUCUUUUCCUAAGGUUUGAAUGUUUGAUUUUCUUCAAUCAAGUUCCCGUUUGAUUAUUAAAUUUGCGCGAAGGAAUUUUAUUAGACUUUACAAUAAAUCAGCCUUUAAGUUUGUCACAUACAUCAUUUUUGAUCUAAUAAAUUAAAGGUAACCGGAUUGAACCUAUUUUUCAUGAUGUGGACUUUCCUGACCUUCAAACUUCAAUCUUUCAUCUAAAACAUGCAAGAUGACGCUUUUUGUAGCUCACGUUUUAACAUACUAAUAUUUUUCGAUAAUAUAUUCAAAAGAGCUGGUCAAAGUUCUCCGAAAAAUGUUCGCCGAAAAGCGGAACAUUUAUUUUUGGCCCGAAUAUAUGUGUAAUUGCGGUUGUUGCGAUCUGACCGAGGACCAGAAACAGAGAAAAAAAAAAUGUGUCUUGGCUCAAAGUUUCCGGGGCCAACAGAAAGACUGACAUCCGGAUGGCCCUCUGGUCUAGACAGAAUUUUUUUUUUUCGGAAGAGAAAAUAAGUCAGAGUUGUAUGUGAAUGUGUAUAGUUCGAGGCUGAAUUCUGAAGAAAUUCGAAAAAAGUAUUAUUUGAGGGGAAUAGCCGUUCUAUAGGAAAAAUUAGAUUUUACAUUGUGGUCGCACUUGGAAUGGUUCAGAGCGUCGCGGUUCAAGCUAAAUAUUUUCCAGUGCUUUAUGAUAUCCAGCUGUGAAAGGCGAUUCAAGUCGGCUGCAUCUCAAAGCAACAGCCUAGCCAUUCCAAAUGCGACCUUCAAUAAACACAUUUCUAAAACCUUGAUUCAUUCGAAUAUUGUUUCCGAAAGCUUGAUUUGAAAAGGGUGAAAAUUUACUUUUAUAUGAAUAACUUUUUCAAAACACAGUGCUAAAUUCUCAGUUACUCAUCCAGUAGAGAUCAAAAUUUUGGUGAGAAAAAAAUAUAUUCGGCUGUUUUUUAAGUUUUCGAGCGGUGUAAUUAGAGUUCGAAAAAAGAGAAGAGAUCAUAAAAUAACUAGAAAUUAUGUGGGAGUGUUAUUAGAAAGAAAAACUGGGUGAGUUCAAAAAAAUAUUUGCUGAAAAUUGUGACAAAAUAGUCAAAAAAUCCCCCAAAAAUUCAAAAAUACGAAAAACCCUCGCCUUACAGUUGAUAAGAAUGCUCCUGGAUGAUAUUGGAUGAAAAAUGAUAAGAAUAAAGUUGGUUACACGUUUUUUGAUUAAUCUUUUUCAUCCUGAAAGUUGAAAAGUUCAAAUUUCGAAUUUUCCAGAGGUCAUUUCACGUCGACCAACUGCAUUAUCUACGGCUCCCUGGACAUGAUUUUAUCACUGAUGGAAGUUUUUCUGGCUUGUAUCAUCGCUUUCGAUCGAUACAUUGUUACGAUAGCUCCUAAAUGGGGUAGGGUUUGUAGAAAAAUUAAAGAAAUUUCAAAUCAUUAUGGAACUUACUGCAAGAAUGAAAGACAAGAAGGCGUUUAUAGUGUGAAAAAGAAGGAAAUAUGUCGCAUUUUCCGAAUUUUCGACCUCAAUUCUGAGGGAAACAAGAUUUUGUGGAAGAGAAAAAUAUUCAUACUUAAAUUUCACAAGAAAAUUUGAAUUUAUUGGAAUUCACAUUUUUGAAAAAGAGGUUUUUAGGAAAAUGGCGAUGUCAUGGAAAUUAUCUGAAAUGCAUUGUCGGCGUUUUGAUCGUCAUCUCGGCCUGGAGUCUCGUACCGAUUUUGGGUUACGGUCGCUACAGUACCUUCCAUGAUGACGUCAUCUGCUCGCUGGAUUGGCGGCAGGUUUAAACCAAAAAAAAAGAACGAAAAGCUUGGAAUUCUGGUUACAAGAAGUAACAAAAUAAAAUCAACUAUUAGAUUAUUUAAAUACGCCUUGAACAAGACGCUCUGACGCACUAAGAUCUUUUUUUUGAUCUUAUUUUGCAACUGAAUCUUUUUCAUCCUGAACUAUUGUAGGACAAGGUCCAGAAAAGACGCUCUGACGCACAACGCAUUUUUUUCGAUUCUAUUUUGCAACUGAAUCUUUGUCAUCCUGAGCUACAAACGGACAAGGUCCAAAAAACGACGCUCUGACGCACUAAGAUUUUUUUUUUUUGAUCUUAUUUUGCAACUGAAUCUAUUUCAUCCUGAACUACUGUAGGACAAGGUCUAGAAAAAGACGCUCUGACGCACAACGCUUUCAUUUUUUGAUUUCAUUUUGCAACUGAAUCUAUUUCAUCCUGAACUACUGUAGGACAAGGUCUAGGAAAAGACGCUCUGACGCACAACGGGCUUUUUCCCGGACACUAUUUCAAAACAUUACUCUUAAUGCCUAGAGCCCUAAAAACGGCCUUUUCUGAUCUUGUCAACUGAAAUUCUUCCAUCAGACCCUUUCCUUCGAAAAAAAAAAGAGAUUUUAGGGCAAUAUAAUACCCGAGAUGCCCGAAACGAGACAAACGGCUCAUCGAUAUAUCGCCUUCCUGACGGCCACUUGUUUGGUCUUCUUUUUGAUCCCCGUCUGUGUCGCCAGCUCCUUCUAUUACAGUAUCAUUGAUCAUGUUGAGAGGUCAGUUUUCGGAAGAAAAAGGAUAGUGAAUAGUGAAAAAGUGCCUUUUUCAUGGACUUUGAACAUUUUCGGUUUCAGUAAUUCCUUGAGGGGGAAGUUAAAAAGUUAAUUAAGAGGAAGAAGAUAAAAAAUACUUCUAGCUUUCAACAUUAUUUCGAUGCUUUUUCGAAAAUUAUGCGCGCAUUUGGAAUGGCUCAAAGCUUGCCGGAUUUUUGAAACUGCUCCCGACCAAAUAGCGACUUGCGCGUACCGGCAUUUGAGAACGUCGUUUUUUGAAACGAAACGGGUUUAGCCAUUUUUCCUGACAUUCGAAGCUUUCAGAUUAUAUCCAUGAAACUUUUGAACCUUUUCUCGAUCGUUCGAUGAUUUUUUGAUAAAUCGAGGCCGCAUUUGGAAUGGCUCAAAGCUUGUCGGCUUUUUCAAGUUACUGCGACCAAAAACCAUUUUGAAGUGUCUCAAAAAGUAGCUUUUGAAGCCGUUUUUUGAACAUUGGGCCUAUCUUCCUGUAUCAGAAGCUUUCAAAUUAUAUUUAAUAGAAUUCAAAAAAAAUCAUUAUUUUCAGACUAAACUCGGCCGAAGUCCGUGAAGAUCCGGCGAUAACUCAGCAAACUGCUUGCCCCUGGGCGCCUAGAAAUCACGUUGCCAAGGUUCAAAUUCUCCUUUCACUUCAAAAGUAUACUUUUUUGUCUUCAGAUCGGCCUCGGCGGACUUUUGGUGUCGGUGGUGCCAUUUUUUGCCUACUCGGUCGUCUGUCUCAACCCGAUGAAAUCCGACUUUCACAAUUUAUCCUACGUUGUCGUGCCGGCAAUCCUCAGCCGUUUCAGUACUCUGCUCAAUCCUUUGUUUUAUAUUUGGUGAGUUUUUGAUAUCAUUGAAUCUUUCCCUUACUUUGAAGUUCGCGUAAUGCUCGAAUUUGCAGGCUGAACCCAGAAAUCGUGCCUAUUGACGAGUUUAUCACGAAAAGAUUGACCAAAGCUCGACCGCCAAGGCCAAUGUACCAUACGAUCAACUUGGUAAACAUCAAAUUUGCAUUCACAUUCAAAUAAAUUACGGAUCUUUAGAUUGCGGACGUUCCGGGCAUGUCGUUCCCGAUUCUGACGCCGACGGUUCCACGGCGACAGCUUCCCAAAAUUCCCCCACAUCUUCUGUCGCCCUCCCGACGAUCUCCUGUUGAUGACCCCAAAGAAACCACUCCUAUGCUCUGA